AUGGCGAUGACGAUGACUGGCCGUGUGCUGCUGCUGUGUGCCCUCUGCGUGCUGUGGUGCGGUGCCGGCGGUAGAUGUGACGUGGAGGUGGUACGUGUUGCCGAUUCACCUGCUAAUUCUGAGAGUGGUUCUGUGGCUCCUGACAAAGACACCGAUCAUACGGUGCAUGGUGGAGCAGGAGUCGUUUCAGGAGAGCAGUCACAGAAGCAAAAGGUUGGGGGUCAUCCACUCGUGGCUCCGCAAUUGCAGGCAGUUUUACAGCCUGAAUCAACAGUGCAGCAGACACUCUUCGACACCGAGCCUACGGAUUCACUGUCACAUUCACAAUCAUUGCAAGAAGAGCGGCAAGGUGGAUCACCCGAUGGUUCUUCAGGGAGACCGGCGGCUUCUCACAGUCAAGAGGACAGGAAGAAUGAAUCAAUUGGAGAUCAACAGAGAAAAGAUCCGCCAUCUCCUGCAAUUAACAACGAUGUUGUCAGCCGCAAGAGUGAGGAGCUCACAGAAGAUACUCCGAGGAGAACUGAAAUUAUUGAUGCCGCACAUUCAGAAGAGAGGCAGGAGCCUGAAAAUGUCACUCCUUCUUUGGAACAAACUCGGGAAACUUCCACAGCCGCACCGGCCAUUACCACUCAAACAAUUUCCAUGCAGCCGCCCGAGGAAAAUGCGAGCAGCACCGUCAAAAUGAGUGAUGCAUCACCCCAACCAACAGGGACCGCCAACACAAAUCAUACGACGACACCUGGCGACAGUGACGGCAGCACCGCGGUCUCCCACACCACCUCCCCUCCUUUGCUUCUUCUUGUUUUUGUUGCGUGUGCGGCUGCUGCGGUGGUGGCCGCGUGA